AUCCCUAUUUGCAGAUGAGAUAACUGAGGCACCUGCAGUUUAAGUAAUCUGCACAAUGAAACAGACAUAGUCUGUUCUGGAGCAAGGAUUAAAGUAAGCUGCUGAUUCCUGCGUUGCACACUUACCCAUUGUAUCACACAGAAGUCUGAGAGGGAGAAAAGCCAAAUGUCCUAGGAGUGUAAUGAUGAAUGAAAAAGAAGACAUUUAAUUCCAGAAGGGAUGGUUGACAGGAUCAGAUACCAUGGAGGGAUCAGAAUUUAUGAUUGGUGAAUAUGCCUGUUAACAAAUCACCUAUGAUUAAUACAUAUGGAGGCAUAUCUUCCCCUUAUCAUGAAGAGCUCUGGAAAUUAAAUUUUCAACAUUUAAGUGGAGAAAGGAGUCAUAAAUCAAGGCCAACAUUUUCAAUCACAAAAGAAUUCAUCUUGAGAUUCAAUCAAACACAAAAUUCCAAAGAGAAGGAAGAAUUGUUGGAACUAGCUAGAAAAAUCAUUCUCAGAUGUAAGAGAAAAUUGGGUCUCAAAACCCUGGGCUCUGGGAAGCAUGUGCAUCUUCCUGCUGCAUGGAUUGAAGUAAUAUAUCUGGCUCAAUGCAAAGGGGAAAUCCAAGAUGAAGCUUUAAAUAUGCUUUAUGCAUCUCUGGACCAUGCUUCCUUUGAUUAUGAUCAUCUGCCUGCCUUAUUUUUUGUUGCGGAAUCGAUUUUAUACAGACUCUGUUGUGAUGCAUCCCUCAAAACGUAUUUAUAUUCAGUGGAAAUAAAGCUAGUAAAGAUUGGCUAUUUGGUCUUCUUACGACUUUUUAUAUUUUUCCUGCAUGGUCAUCUAGAAAGUUUUAAGCAACAUUUACUUAGGCUUCAACCACAUUUAUACGCACUUUCUUUCUCUGGAGCAUCAUAUCACAAGUAUCCAAACAUCUUUUCAAAUGUGCAAUUCAUCCUGAAAGCCUCAGAAAUUAUAGGUAAAAGAGAACUCCGUUCUGAAUCAAUUUUUAGCCCUGUGGAAAAUAAGAAAAGACAUGAGAACACAGAUUCUGAUAUGGGAGGAUAUGAAAUUAACCACCUGCUCUGGCACUGUGUUGCUGCUUGGUCUUGUGUUCAGAAUAACAGUCCUCAGUUGAAUAAUGUGCUUGAACAUCUCAUCUUCCAUAAGACACAGCUUCAAAAGAAAUGCUGGUUGGAUUCAGUACUGGCUUUACUGGUCCUUGGGGAGGCUGCCAAAUUAAACAUGGCCUGCUUGAAAGCUUUAAUGGACAUAGUGAGAGAUUUUGUUUCAAGCAUUUUGUCUGUUCAAAAUCAGGGAGAAAGUUACAAGGUAGAUGAUUUUUCCUGGGCCUGGAAUGUAGUCUACAUAUAUACAGUAAUUCUUGCAGAAAUCUGCUUGUAUGCAGCCACUUCUGAUUUGCGAAAAACUGCUCUAAUUGGUUUCUGUCAAUGUAAAAGUUCACGAAAAAAUAUUUUACGCUUGGACAAAUCAGUCCCUCCAGAAUUAAAGGAAGCAAGUAUUUUAAGUCUUUUGGAAUAUUUCUCUUCAAAAAUGUCAGAGAAUUGUGAUCAAGUAGUCUGGACUGGUUACUAUGGCUUAGUGUAUAACCUGGUGAAAAUUUCAUGGGAACUUCAAGGAGAUGAAGAACAGGAUGGACUUAGAAAUAUAAUAUGGCAAACAUUGCAGAAAACAAAGGAUUAUGAGAAAGACAUACGAAUCCAAAAUGCAAUCAAUAUCGCUCAGGCUGAGUUAAAUGACCCAACCGAUCCUUUCACUAGGUAUAGUACAAACAUCUCAUCAAAUGUAGGAGAAGAAGUUUUCUCCAAAUAUAUUGGGUGGAGAAUUGCCGACACUCUUUCCAAACUAUUCUUUCCCCCCAUUGAGGCCCGUGUUCUUCCUUUGAAGAAACCAUCAAUAAAAAAGGAUCAAACAAAAUAUCCGAAUAAAAAGCUGGAGUCCAUGAAAAAGAAAGUUCUACAUUUCACUGUAAGGAUCUCCCCAGUUUUAAGAACUCUUAUACAUAUUCUCUUUCAUGAAAAAUGCUCCAACUUUCUGUAUAUUAAAGGGAACAUCCUUCUGUAUCAGAAAUUCCCAUGUUUCCAUAUCCAGAUUUCUUCACCAGGGCAGAUAAAGAGUUGGCAAAAAUCAUUGACCAUCACUGGCAGGAAGAGCUAAAGAUACGAGAAAAAGAAGAUGCAAUAUGCAAGGCCCAAGAACUUAAAGAUAAAAAGUUAGCAGAGAAAAAACACUUUGAAGAAGUUAUGAAGAAAAGAGAAGAGAAACUACAUAAGCAAACUAAGCCCUAUGAGCUUCCUUAUAGGAAGGAAGUAAUUUAAUUAGAAAAGAAAAUGCCACCUCCCAAAACUGAGGUCUACAUGGCAGAAAUACAUAGCGUGAAAAAUACCAAGAUAGCUACAUAGUAAGAGAACUUCUUGUCAUUAAAUUGAGGUAUUGUUUAGAAAGAACUUGUUAUCCUGAUACAAGCUGUUUAAUAGUUAUUUCUUAGUUCUAAAUUAAUGACCAACUUUUAAUCACACUUGAAUGAAGUGAUUUCACUAGCCAAAAAUUUCCAAGACUACAUGUAGUAUUUUUCUCAAUUGACAUUUAUCUCAUGAUUGUACAGCAUACUUGAUAACUGAUUCGCAGAACAUUGAUGUUCAUCAAACAGUUUGAUGGAAAUUUAUUACAGAUUAAUUAAUGAGUCACCAUACAAGAAUUAUUUCUUGAAAACAGAAUGAGCAUAAGCUAACAAUCCUGUAAUUACUAUUAUUCAAAUAAAAACAUUAUGGCAUCUUACCUGAUUGGCAUUUUAUAAUCAAUUUAUACCAAACCAAACAAACCCUAUUUCAGAGAUUUGAAUACGGAAGGGCUGGUCAUCUUAGACUGAUUGGCUUGAUCUUUAACAGAUGCCAGAGGGGACUCCUGAGAGAUGCUGGUUUUACUCUGUUCUGUGAGUUUAUGAGAAUGAAUUUGUAUGAUCCUGGAAGGUGCAGGAGUAACUGUUGAAAACAUUCGUACAGAUAGGAGUUAUUUUAGAAAUGGAACUUCACUUCACCUGAAGUUCGGAACCUAAGAGUAAGAGUAACAGGGUGGAGUUUUUAUGAUGUCUUAUAUUCCUUUCCUGAAAACUGAAAAAUAUAGAUAAUAAUCAUACCUCACUUUCACACAGGUGACUUGGUGAUACUCAAGAGACAGGGACUUUAGCAGGGGUGUCAAACUCAAAUGACUACCAGGUCAGAAAGGAAACAUAAAUUAGUGAAGCCAGCUAAGGAAUACCUAUCCUAUCUAGAGAAAUUUCCCACCACUUGGUUGCAUUCUAAAAUAUAUGUCAGUAUUGUAAAAUCCUCCAGUCUUUCAAGAAGCUUUUAAAUGGGAUUAUUUUUCAAAAUAAAAGUAGCUAAGUAACCAAAUGUUGACAAAAAUUUUUAAUAGCAUAUUUUCAAAUUAAGUUUGAUCCAUGGACCAAAGUUUGUGACCUAUAUUAUAUGAAUUCAGGUAUCAUUCUUUGUUUAAAAUAACAAUAACAGACGGCAGAAAAAUGUUGCGUGUAGGUUGCUGUUUUGAUUUCCUGUAUAGCUAAUUCAAACUUAGAUUUCUCUUUCUAAACCUUUUAUCUUACCCUUGUGGUCUCAAAUGGAGACUAUGAAAAUUCCUAGAAAUAUCUCCCAAUACGCCUUUCCAAAUACCUUCCUCCAUCUUUGAUUUCUUCACUUGUGAAAAAAAAAAAUCUAUAGAACACCAGCCAGUCCCUUUUCUCCAAAUCUUAUCCCUUCCAAAAUCUUGUUCCAUCAACUAUUCACUAUCUCCUCUUAAGUCCCUCUUCAUCACUCACUCCUACACCCAUCGAGGUUUCAAUUUUCUCCCAUCCUUCCAUCCAAACUUCUCUCUCAUCAAAGCCAUCAGUGACAUAAGCCUUACCAAACUCUGAACGUCCUUCUAAUUUGUAAUCAUUUUAUUGGUUUGUAGCAAGAUAUAACAAUUAAGCUGUAAGUUUUAGUAAGGGGACUCUGAAGAUCUAACUGUUACUUACAAGAAUUUCAACAAAUCCUGCUCUUUCAGCACCAUCUUUGUAAAAGAAACCUGGUAUCUCCAAUUUCUGAGUCAUGGUCCUUAAGGCCUCCUCACUGCAGACUUAGGUUUAUGCUUUCUCUGCUCUGCUUAGCGUAUUUCUACCUGUUCACCUUCUUUCUUACUUCCACAAUUAUCUUAAUACUUCCAACGUGCUAUUAUCUUUUCUUCUUGUAGAUUCAUACCUUUUUUAAGUAACCUUUUUUAUGUCAUAAUGGUGAUUUGGAAGGGAGCUGAACAAAUCUUUAGAUAUAUGGAGAAAGAAACAAAAGGAGAAAGAGAGAUGAUUAAUCAGAAUACUGACACCUUUAUUCUUAAAUUAUUUUUAAAAUUCUUAAUAUUUGGCAACAGGCAUUUCUCACAGUGUUUCUCACAUUUCUCACAUUUCUCCUAUUUCGCUGAUUCUUUCUGCAAUAUUAGCAAAGACUGUGGGGUGUAGAUCUGGAAUCACACUCUAGUUACACUUUCUGCCAGUCACGGAACAUUAGGCAAGUUACUGAACCCAUUUUCAUUUUCAUUUACUCAUUUAUAAAAUUGACACAAUUUAUGUAAAGAGUGAUAUCAUUUAGAAGCUAAUUAGGAAAGAAAACAAACCUGUCAGUCAUUUUAGCAGAGAGAAUUUAAUGUAAGAAAUUAUUUUGAAAGGUGUUAGAAACUGAAUAAAUGGAAAGGGAGCAUAGCAAUAACAGAAACAGUAGCUGCAGAAAACUGCUACCACAUUUGGAGCCACGGAAUCAGAGAAAAGAGGUUUGCAUUGUUAAAAUCUAAGGGAUGUAGAAGGCACUUCACACAGCCCGACUCGGAUCCCUGAUGGGGAGACAUUGCUCAGUUAUUGCUGGUACUUCUGAGGGGGCGCAAUACAAUUGGUUCUGGGAGUGCAGAAAAAAGUGAAAACUGAAACAACUUGUAUCUUGCUGAAACCACACUGUCAGGAAGAGAGAGAAAACUGGAAGAAUCAGGUGUUUUCUUCCCUCUUCCCUCUCAUCCUGAAACUCUUUCUCUCCUGUGCUUCCUGUUCUUCAGCAUCACAAAGCAGAGAAAAUAAGGGUGGGUUUGGAGAUGAAAGACACUAGUUAAAUAAAUGAACAUUGUAUGGCUUAGAACAUUAUCUGACCAUUCAAUAAAAGUUAACUCUCCUUUCUUUUC